AUGAAACGUUUCGUUCUGCUUGCUCUUACCGCGGCGUCGUUCGUUCAUGCUAGGGUAUGGAAUGACACCGGCGUUGGCGCUGUCGUUUUUGAAGAGGCGUGGGCACCUCCUGAACUCGCAGCGACAGUGGGUGGUGCACCGGCUCUUGGCAAGACGUUAGCAGACCUUGAAGCAAAUCUCGUUGAUAUCCAUGAUAAAAGGCUGGCGCUUAUGGAUAAGUUUGGUAUCGACUUCAUGGUCCUCUCUUGCGCGCAGCCUUGCGUCCAAGGAGUAUCUGAUCCCGAAGAAGCCGCUGCAAUGGCCGUGGAUCUCAAUAACAACCUAGCGGAUCUUAUUUCGAAUAAUACUCUCCGAUUUGGGGCCUUCGCGGCCUUGGCUAUGCACAAUGCCACUGUGGCCGCACAAGAACUCAACAGGACUGUCAAAGAACUGGGUUUUCUCGGAGCAUUAGUCAAUGAUUAUCAGCAGUCUGGAGCGGAUAAUGACACACUCUUAUACUAUGAUCAGCCGGAAUACGAUGUAUUCUGGCAGAUGGUGACCGAUCUCGACGUACCUGUGUACUUCCAUCCCAGAACGAAUGUCGAGCCCAUCCUGUCGCUCGUAUAUAGCCAUGGCUUCGGUCUGGAAGGCCCUGCCCAAGAAUUUGCAGCAACAUUGUCGACCCAUAUAUUGGGAUUAUGCACAAACGGGGUGUUCGACCGGUUCCCAACUCUUAAAAUCAUUGUUGGCCAUCUUGGGGAGAGAAUUCCCUCGGAUUUAUUCAGGAUUGAUGAACAACUCCUUCGUCAAGUUCCGUUGGGAAUUCCGAUGCAGCGGAAUGUAUCGUCGUAUUGGCUCACCAACUUGUUUGAGACGACUUCUGGAAAUUUCGCGACGGCCCUGUUGCAAUUCCACGCAUCCCAGAUAGGUUUGGACAGGAUUAUGCAUUCGAUUGAUUAUCCGUUUGCUCUGAUUGAAGAAGGCCAGGAGUGGGUCGAUAGUCUGACAGAUGUUUUGGGAGAGGAUGAGCAACUGCAGCUGAAGAGGGGACUAGCGAUAAGCAUGCUGAAGUUGGACGAUUGA